AUGAAUUCGCCAAGCCCCAACACUCUCUCUUCGUCAAACGAUGAGGAAGGCGACGUUGCUCCAACCGAAUGCAUUGCUGCGUUGAUCAAAUGCCCUGACGCCGAUAAAAAGGAAGAGCUUGUAGAAGAGACAUGGAGUCUUCUGAACGAUGUCACGUUCGUUCGAAUUGUCAUCAAUAAAUUAACGUGGGAACGAUCGCCGAGGUUUGCGGUGAAAGAGACUCAACGACGGGUUAUCAUGCCGGACUGCAACUCGCUGAAAUGCGAAUUUCAUUUCCAGCGAUAUCAUUCGCUUUGCAUUCAUAAAAGUUACACAAAUGAGCACAACUGUGUGAAGGAAGAAAAGCAUAUGUGUUUGAAGUUUUCGCUGCCUGAUUGUAAUCAAGGCUCAUACCGAAAUUUUCGAAAAAUUAUUCGAGUUUUGUCCAAAGAAUUUCUACCUUCAGGCGUUUAUUUCAAUCAUCGUACAGUGAUCCUGAUUAACAUGAAACCGAAGUUGUUAGUUACCUGGUCCGAAAGCGUACUAGUCUUCGACGUGCUUUAUCAACAACCAGAGAAACCUGAAACACUUAUUGCAAAAUGCAGCAUGCCGCUCUAUAAGUUACUUGUGAUGCCUUUUUCGGUCGAGGCAAAUCUGCCGCUUUACAACAUACAUGAAACAGCUACUUUUUCUGGAAGUUUGCAGGUUUGCAUGCAGUUGGGUUCCAGGUUUGCCUCGUUCACUCAACGAGUCGAAGCAUUUCGAAACCCUUCUAACAUGACCAGUCCGUUCAGUAUAGUUGAUCCUUUGGCUGCAGACUUGCGAGCUACCCCCGCAGCACCGUCGAACUCUCGUCCACGAAAAGAACGACAACAGCAGCGUAUUUCGCAGCCCUCUGGAUUUCAUAACAUCAUGCCAUACGCCGAGCAUCAUGAGCCUUCCAACCCCCGAAAACCACUUUUUGUGCCUUGUUUGAGGACAGAGCAAAGACUCAGUCGUUACAUAGGCCGUAAUAAUCAUACCAUCAAUAAACCGGGCAAUGAUACGUUCGAUUUUAUGACAUGUGAGGAAACCACCGAAGAUUCUGAUCAGUCCUCUUCAAAAGCUGGGAAUGGAAAAAUUACUGAAGUGAUGCCACUGGGUCGUAGCGCAACAUCUACGCCUUAUGUUGGCGAAAAGGACAAUUGGCCUGCGGCCGAGUCGAAUAGGGCCACAGAAAACAUACAGAUAAACAUUGCAGCGGAUCAGAAGAAGAAUGUUAAGACGAUGUCGGUUGCCCAACGUUUGCUAAAGGCGCAACUAAGUCGAAGCGACGAAACUACGGCCGUCACUGGAAAAUCCGAUGAAGCGAUCGUGCGGAUUUCGGUAUAUGGAGCUCGAUUUAUGUCGCGGGUGCUUCCCCAUGAUCUUCUCAGCCAGCGUGAUUUGUUGCCGACUACGUAUUUGACGUGCCGAAGAAAUGAUCAAAUCUUAGCAUCUCCCGUUGUGCACAACUCUCCAGAACCGGUCUUUAACUGGGAUGUUGACUUUCCAAUGUCCCUCAAGCAAAAGAACGUAGUGUUCAAGUUGUGGCAAGUGGUCCGCGAUGCGAUUGAUGACAGAUUAAUUGGUUUGAUAGUUGUGGAUAUCACAGAAGAUGAAAAGUUCGGAUUUCAUCAAUAC